AUGCAAGGGCUCAAUGAUUUCAUUUCAUGGCACUCUCAAGAAUUUCAUGUUUGCACCUUGAUCAAAGUGAUUUCUAGUAGCAACAUAAAAAAGCAUAAAUUGAUUGAAAUUUUUCCAAGUUUAGCUUGGGACACGUUCAACAACCUUGAAUAUUUAUUUACUGUGAAGCAUUGGCAACAUUAA